CCUCCUCUUUCAUCAUGGCUGCUGUUUCAAAGCUCUGGUAACGCUCAGAUUGAUGAUAGACUUUUAUCCUUCAGUGCCUCUUCACCUUUUGGUGACCACCAUCUUCGCUUGGAUGUAAAUCUCGUCCUCCACCUCGCAGUUCGUCAGGUUUCAUUUAGUGGAGUAACCUUUGUAUCAUCCCCUUCACUGGGCCUUUUCAACAUCCCCCAAACAAGUCGCAGCAGUUUUGCAAUGGUUUGAGUUGCUGCUCUCAGAUUUCUUCUCCAUGAACAAUGUGUGAAAACUGCGCUGAACUGGUGGAGGUUUUAAACGAAAAGACAAUGUCUCUGCUGCUUCAAAGAGUACAAACAUCUGGAGGUCUUCAAUCAGCUGAUCUACGCUCUCAUCAACCUGGUCAUUGCUCAGAUCAGCAGUCUGAGGAACAGACUCUGCAGUUCUCACAACCCAACGCAAAAAGGGUCCGGGUCUGAAUGGAGCAGAGACGAGUUAGCACCUGGCUCCCUCCCCCAGCCGACCUCACCGGGGGAGGACGAACCUGUAAAUGUGGAAAGAGAUUCUGCUGAAGAGGACGCAGACACAUCCAACGUGAACCAGAAUAAGACUCAGAGCCAGGAUCAGGGGUCCAACUGCACAGAGGAGUCCCGGGUGGAAGCACUGAGACCUGCGGGUGGCAGCAGCGAGUCCAGGGAGGGUGAGGAUGGUGCUGCAGCUAGCUGUGACAACGAUGACAGCCAGGAUCCCUUCGGCUCUUGGUCCACGGAGGAGAGAGAAAAACUGCUGCUGUGUGCUGCCAAGAUUUUUCAGAUCCAGUUCCCCCUCUAUACGGCCUACAAACACAACACACACCCCACCUUAGAGGACAUAUCUUCACACGAAAGCAACAUCCUCGGCUCCUUCUGUGACAUGAAUGAUGUGGAGGUGCCUCUUCACCUGCUGCGUUACGUCUGUCUGUUCUGCGGGAAGCACGGCCUCUCCCUCAUGAAGGAAUGCUUUGAGCUGGGCACUCCAGAGAGCCUCCCCUUUCCCAUCGCCCACGCCUUCAUCACCAUCAUCUCAAACAUAAGAAUAUGGUUGCACAUUCCUGCAGUUAUGCAGCACAUCAUCCCGUUCCGCACCUACGUAAUACGGUACCUGUGUAAACUGUCGGAUCAGGAGCUGCGUCAGAGUGCGGCCCGCAGCAUGGCCGACUUGAUGUGGAGCACGGUGAAGGAGCCGUUGGACAGCGCGCUGUGCUUCGAUAAGGAGAGCCUGGACCUCGCCUUCAAAUACUUUAUGUCCCCCACCCUCACCAUGCGGUUGGCUGGCCUCAGUCAAAUCACAAAUCAGCUCCACACUUUUAAUGACGUGUGCAACAACGAGUCCCUGGUGUCCGACACAGAAACGUCCAUAGCAAAAGAAUUAGCAGACUGGCUGAUCCAAAACAAUGUGGUGGAGCACAUCUUCGGUCCAAAUUUGCACAUUGAGAUCAUUAAACAGUGCCAAGUGAUCCUGAACUUCCUGGCUGCGGAGGGCCGGCUCAGCACGCAGCACAUAGACUGUAUCUGGGCCGCAGCUCAGUUGAAACACUGCAGCCGCUACAUCCACGACCUUUUCCCAUCACUUAUUAAAAACCUGGACCCCGUGCCUCUCCGCCACGUCCUAAACCUGGUGUCCGGCCUGCAUCCGAGUGCCCACACCGAGCAGACGUUGUACCUGGCCUCCAUGCUGAUCAAGGCUCUGUGGAACAACGCCCUCGCAGCAAAGGCCCAGCUCUCCAAACAGAGCUCCUUUGCCUCUCUGCUGAACACAAACAUUCCCAUGGGGAACAAAAAAGGUUCGCCCGCUGCCAGCCCAGACAGCAGCGACAACAGUGACACGCAGCACAGCGGAGGCAGCGACAUGGAGAUGGACGAGCAGAUGAUGGUGCCUGGCAGCAAGAGAAGCCAGCAGAGGCUGUCGGAUACUGAGGAGUCCAUGCAGGGCAGCUCAGACGAGACGGCCAACAGUGUGGAGGAGGGCAGCAGCGGGCCGGGCAGCAGCAGCGGCCGCAGCGAGGCCUCCAGUAAUGAAGCCGCCUCCAGCCGAGCCAGCCAGUCAGCCGGCAGCCCCGGCAGCGAGAUGCACUCUGACGACAUGGCCGACAGCGAGGCUUUAAAGGAGGAGGAGGAGGAUGAAGAGGAGGAGGAGGAGGAGGAUGAUGAGGAUGAGGACGAUGACGAGGAAGAGGAAGAGGACGAAGGGAGCCAGUCAGUUGUUGAGGACGGUCAGCAGAAGGCGGUGCAGGAGCAGACCGAGUCAAGGAAGAGGAAGGCAGGGGAGGCUCUCGGCGAGGGGCCGAGUCAUGGGGGUGUGCCCAUUGGCUCUGGGGGAGGAGCCAAAACCAAAGUUCUUUCCUUCAGUCCAGAGACUUCAACUGUCAUGGUCACUGCAGCAUCGUCGACUUUAGAGGGCCGCAUGAGGAUGCUGGAUGCUUGUUCUUCGUCGUCCGCUCGACCUGAAGGGGCGGAGCCUCAGCAACAAGGGGAGGACAUCAGUCCCUCUCAGAUGGUCCAGGGUCCCCAGGAGCCUCCCUGUCUGCCAAGACCCGGGGACUUCCUCGGAGAGGCCAUGAGCAAUGAGCUUUUUAACUGUCGCCGAUUCAUGGGGCCCCAGCACCAUCAUCACCACCACCAUCAUCACCACCACCACCACCAUCACCACCACCACCAUGAGGGUCCCAUGGUGGAGGACAUGCUGAGUGCUGAUGACGUCAGCUGCAGCAGCUCCCAGGUCAGCGCCAAGUCGGAGAAGAACAUGGCCGACUUCGACGGGGAGGAGUCUGGCUGUGAGGACGAGCUGGUCCAGAUUAACUCCCAUGCUGAGCUCAGCUCCCACCUGCAGCAGCACCUCCCAAACUUGGCCUCCAUCUAUCAUGAGCACCUGGUGCAAGGUCCAGCUGUUCAUAAACAUCAAUAUUCCAGCCACGCUGUGACCGACAUCAACCUGGAUAACGUUUGUAAGAAAGGGAACACCCUGCUGUGGGACCUGGUGCAGGAUGAAGAUGCGAUCCAUCUCUCCGAGGGUCUGAUUAACGAAGCAGAGAAGCUGCUGUGUUCGCUCGUCUGUUGGUUCACUGACCGUCAGAUCCGAAUGCGCUUCAUUGAAGGCUGCCUGGACAACCUGGCCCAUCAUAGGUCAGUUGUGGUUUCUUUGCGCCUUCUACCAAAACUUUUUGGCACUUUCCAGCAGUUUGGCUCCAGCUACGACACUCACUGGAUCACCAUGUGGGCUGAGAAGGAGCUGCACAUGAUGAAACUGUUCUUUGACGACCUGCAACACUACAUCCAAGAAGUCCAAGAACACCGGCACAAGUUUGCACUAUACAGUCACAGUGCAGAGGUCCAGGUCCGCCUGCAGUUCCUCACCUGUGUCUUCUCAACACUGGGAUCACCAGACCACUUCAGACUGAGUCUGGAGCAGGUGGACAUCCUGUGGCACUGUCUGGUGGAGGACGCUGAAUGCUACGAUGACGCUCUGCACUGGUUCCUCAAUCAGGUCCGCAGCAAAGACCAGCACGCUAUGGGCAUGGAGACGUACAAGCACCUCUUUCUGGAGAAGAUGCCCCAGUUGAAACCAGAAACCAUCAGCAUGACGGGCCUGAACCUCUUCCAGCACCUCUGUAACCUGGCGCGCCUCGCCACCAGCACCCUGGAUAAUGCCUCCAGCUGUGAGUUGUGCGGGAUGGAUCAGCUGUGGGGGAUCGCCCUGAGAGCUCAGUCUGCCGAUAUCAGCCGAGCAGCCAUCCAGUACAUCAACUCCUACUACAUCAACGCUGGGAAGACUGGUCUGGAGAAAGAGCAGGAGUUUAUCAGGAAGUGCAUGGAGAGCCUUCUGAUGGCCUCAGCCAACCUGGAGAAGGACUCUCACUCCAGCCUGACCAGCAUCGAGAGGGGGCUGCUCAUGCUCAAAACUCACCUGGAGGCCUUCAGACGCAGAUUUGCAUACCAUCUACGACAGUGGCAGAUCGAGGGGACGGGAAUCAGCAGCCAUCUGAAGGCUCUGAGUGAGAAACAGUCUUUGCCGCUCAGGAUCGUGUGUCAGCCCGCCGGCCUGCCAGACAAGAUGACUAUUGAGAUGUACCCCAGUGACCAGGUUGCUGACCUGCGGGCCGAGGUGACCCACUGGUAUGAAAACCUGCAGAAGGAGCAGAUGAACCAGCAGGCUCAGCUGCAGGAGUUUGGUCAGAGCAGCCGGCAGACAGGAGACUGCCCAGGGGGUUUAAUGGGACCUGUCAGAAUGAUCUCCUCUGGUCAUGAGCUCACUACAGACUAUGAUGAGAAGACGCUGCAUGAGCUGGGAUUUAAAGACAUGCAGAUGGUGUUUGUCUCUUUGGGAGCUCCACGGAGGGAGAGGAAGGGGGAGGGCGUCCAGCUGCCGGCCUCUUGUCUGCCUCCUCCUCAGAAGGAGCACAUUCCCAUGCUGCUGCUCCUCCAGGAGCCCCAUCUCACCACUCUCUUUGACCUGCUGGAGAUGCUGGCCUGCUUCAAACCACCCAGCCCCAACACGGAGAAGGUGCAGGAGAGCCCAGAGAGUUUGCGCUGUGAGGAGCUCCACCUCCAUGCAGAGAAUUUGUCUCGUCGGGUUUGGGAGCUGCUGAUGCUCCUUCCUACAUGUCCCAAGAUGCUGCAGGCUUUUCAGAACAUCUCAGAUGAAACGAAUGAAGAAGGCUUGUGCUGGAAGGAGCUGCUGAGGAUUAAAAGUCCUCACAAGCUGCUGUAUGCUCUGGAAAUCAUCGAGGCUCUGGGCAAACCCAACCGACAGAUCCACAGAGAGUCAUCUGGCAGCUACAGUGAUCUGUACCCGGACUCUGACGACUCCAGUGAGGAUCAGAUCGAAAACAGCAAGAACAGCUGGAGCUGCAAGUUUGUUUCAUCUGGAGGUCUGCAGCUGCUCCUGGAAAUCUUUAACUCGGGCAUCCUGGAACCCAGAGAUGAGGAGCCUUGGACUGUGUGGCAGCUGGACUGCCUAGCGUGCCUGCUGAAGCUGAUCUGCCAGUUUGCUGUGGACCCUGCAGAUCUGGACCUGGCCUACCACGAUGUCUUCUCCUGGUCUGGCCUCACAGACAGCCAACGCAAACGGGCUUGGCCCGGCAAGUCUCGCAAAUCCACCGUGGAACACGGGAAGGGUUUGCACAUCCCUCGCCUGACGGAGGUGUUCCUCGGCCUUGUCCAGGGCACCAACUUGAUCCAGCGGCUCAUCAACGUGGCCUACACCUACGACAACCUCACGCACAGAGUUCUAAAGGCUCAGUCCGAUCAUAAGUCUCGGCAUGAAGUGACGCACUACUCCAUGUGGCUGCUGGUGAGCUGGGCUCACUGCUCGUCCACAGUGAAGUCCAGCCUGGCUGACAGUGACCACCUCCACGACUGGCUGAAGAAACUCACCCUGCUAGUACCUGAGCCAGCGGUGAGGCACGAGGCGUGCAACAGCCUCUACAAGCUUUCUCUCUCUGGGCUGGAGGGUGGAGACGCCAUCAACAGGUCCUUCUUGCUGCUUGCCGCCUCCACACUGCUCAAGUUCCUGCCUGACGCUCAGGCCCUCAAACCUCUGAGGAUGGAGGACUAUGAAGAGGAGCCUUUGUUGAGGACCGGCUGUAAGGAAUACUUCUGGCUGCUCUGUAAACUCAUCGACAACAUCCAUGUUAAAGAUGCCUGCCAGAAGGUCUCUCCCUCUCUGACUGGCUCGAUGCAGACCACCCUGCUGGACCUCGACGCUCUAGCUCGACACCUCGCCGACUGCAUCCGGAGUCGAGAGAUCUUGGAUCAGCAGGACGGGAUCAUAGAGGAUGACGGGCUGACUGGCCUCCUGCGUCUCGCCACCAGCGUGCUCAAACACAAACCUCCGUUUAAGUUCUCCCGUGAGGGGCAGGAGUUUCUGCGGGACGUCUACAACCUGCUCUUCCUCCUCCCAAGCCUGGCCGACCGCACGCAGCCCAAGUGCAAGUCCCACUCUGCCCGGGCGGCUGCCUACGACCUGCUGGUGGAGAUGGUGAAGGGCUCGGUGGAGAACUACCGGCUGCUCCACAACUGGGUCAUGUCCCAGCACAUGCAGUCCUCUCACGCUCCGUACAAGUGGGACUAUUGGCCCCACGAUGAUGUCCGAGCUGAGUGCCGCUUCGUGGGUCUGACCAAUCUGGGAGCAACCUGCUACUUGGCCUCCACCAUCCAGCAGCUCUACAUGAUCCCUGAGGCCCGGCAGGCCGUCUUCACAGCUAAGUACUCUGAAGAGAUCAAACACAAGACCACUCUCCUGGAGCUGCAGAAGAUGUUCACGUAUCUCAUGGAGAGUGAGCGGAAGGCAUACAACCCUCGACCAUUUUGUAAAACCUAUACGAUGGACAAACAGCCUCUCAACACGGGCGAACAGAAAGACAUGACUGAGUUUUUCACCGACCUCAUCACGAAGAUAGAAGAGAUGUCCCAGGAUCUGAAAAACACAGUAAAGACUUUGUUUGGAGGCGUCAUCACCAACAACGUUGUUUCUCUGGAUUGUGACCAUGUCAGUCAGACUGCAGAGGAGUUUUACACGGUCAGGUGUCAAGUGGCAGAUAUGAAAAACAUCUAUGAAUCUCUGGACGAGGUGACCAUCAAAGACACUCUGGAGGGUGACAAUAUGUACACGUGUUCACAGUGCGGCAAGAAGGUCCGAGCAGAGAAAAGAGCUUGUUUCAAGAAACUGCCGCGCAUCCUGAGCUUCAACACCAUGAGGUACACCUUCAACAUGGUGACCAUGAUGAAGGAGAAGGUGAACACUCACUUCUCCUUCCCCCUGCGCCUCGACAUGACGCCGUACACCGAGGACUUCCUCAUGGGCAAAGUAGAGCGCAAAGAGGGUUUUCGUGAAGAAGAAGUGACCAUCACUGGGAGCUAUGAAUACGACCUCAUCGGCGUCACCGUUCACACGGGCACAGCAGAUGGCGGCCAUUACUACAGCUUCAUCAGGGACAUCGUCAACCCCCACGCUUACAAGAACAACAAGUGGUAUCUGUUCAACGACGCAGAGGUGAAACCCUUCGACUCGGCACAGCUCGCCUCCGAGUGUUUUGGUGGAGAGAUGACGACCAAAACGUAUGACUCCGUCACGGACAAGUUCAUGGACUUCUCCUUUGAGAAGACACACAGUGCCUACAUGCUCUUCUACAAGAGAGUGGAGCUGGAGGAGGAGAAUGAGAAGGACUUCACUUUUGAUGUCUCUCCUGAUCUGCUUGAGUGGAUUUGGCAUGACAACAUGCAGUUUCUACAAGACAAAAACAUAUUUGAACACACUUAUUUUGGGUUCAUGUGGCAGCUAUGUAGCAGCAUCCCCAGCACCUUACCAGACCCCAAAGCAGUCUCCCUCAUGACCGCCAAGCUCAGUACAUCUUUUGUCCUUGAGACUUUCAUUCACUCUAAAGAGAAGCCCACCAUGCUGCAGUGGAUUGAGCUUCUCACCAAGCAGUUCAACAACAGCCAGGCCGCCUGCGAGUGGUUUUUGGACCGGAUGGCUGAUGAUAACUGGUGGCCGAUGCAGAUCCUUAUCAAGUGCCCCAAUCAGAUAGUCAGACAGAUGUUUCAGCGGUUGUGCAUUCAUGUCAUCCAGAGACUUCGUCCAGUUCAUGCGCACCUCUACCUGCAGCCUGGCAUGGAGGAUGGCUCUGAUGACAUGGAUGGCCCAGUGGAGGACAUUGGAAGCCGGUCCUGUGUCACUCGCUUCGUCAAGACUCUCCUGUCCAUCAUGGAGCAUGGCGUUAAGCCACACAGCAAGCAUCUGACCGAGUACUUUGCUUUUCUCUACGAGUUUGCCAAGAUGGGAGAGGAAGAGAGUCAGUUCCUGUUGUCACUACAAGCCAUCUCCAUCAUGGUGCACUUCUACAUGGGAACCAAAGGUCCUGAAAAUCCGCAGGUGGAGGUGCUGUCAGAGGAGGAGGCAGAGGAGGAGGAUGAAGAGGAGGACAUCUUGUCUCUUGCUGAGGAGAAAUACCGUCCUGCAGCUCUGGAGAAGAUGAUUGCGCUCAUCGCUCUGCUGGUGGAGCAGUCUCGCUCUGAGAGACACCUGACUCUGUCCCAAAGUGACAUGGCAGCGCUGACCGGGGGCAAAGGCUUCCCCUUCCUCUUUCAGCACAUCAGAGAUGGCAUCAACAUCAGGCAGACGUGUAACCUCAUCUUCAGCCUCUGUCGCUACAACAACCGCCUGGCUGAGCAUAUCGUUUCAAUGCUCUUCACGUCUAUCGCAAAACUCACUCCUGAGGCUGCUAACCCUUUCUUCAAGCUGCUAACUAUGUUGAUGGAGUUUGCUGGUGGACCUCCAGGGAUGCCGUCCUUCGCCUCCUACAUCCUCCAGAGGAUCUGGGAGGUGAUCGAGUACAAUCCAUCCCAGUGUCUGGACUGGUUGGCUGUCCAGACCCCCAGGAACAAACUGGCCCACAGCUGGGUGCUGCAGAACAUGGAGAACUGGGUGGAACGCUUCCUGCUGGCGCACAACUACCCCCGAGUUCGCACAUCUGCGGCGUACCUCCUUGUUUCCCUCAUCCCCAGCAACUCCUUCCGCCAGAUGUUUCGCUCCACCCGCUCCCUGCACCUGCCAACCCGUGAACUGCCGUUGUCUCCCGACACCACCGUGGUCCUCCACCAGGUGUACAACCUGCUGCUGGGGCUGCUGGGUCGGGCUAAGCUGUACGUGGACGCUAGCGUUCACGGCACCACCAAACUGGUCCAGUAUUUCAGCUUCAUGACCUACUGCCUCAUCUCCAAGACGGAGAAGCUCAUGUUCUCUGGAUACUUCAUGGACCUCUGGAACCUCUUCCAGCCCAAACUGUCAGAGCCAGCCAUUGCCACCAACCACAACAAGCAGGCCCUGCUGUCCUUCUGGUACAACGUGUGUGUGGACUGUCCUGAGAAUGUCAGGCUGGUGGUGCAGAACCCUGUGGUGACCAAGAACAUCGCUUUCAACUACAUCCUGGCUGAUCACGACGACCAGGAGGUGGUGCUCUUCAACCGCGGCAUGCUGCCGGCUUACUACGGCAUCCUGCGCAUGUGCUGCGAGCAGUCGCCCACAUUCACCCGCCAGCUGGCGUCUCACCAGAACAUCCAGUGGGCUUUCAAGAACCUGACGCCGCACGCCAGCCAGUACCCAGGGGCGGUGGAGGAGCUGUUUAACUUGAUGCAGCUGUUUGUGGCGCAGCGAGCCGACAUGAGGGAGGAAGAGCUGGAGGACGUCAGACAGUUUAAGAAGACCACUAUCAGCUGUUACCUGCGAUGUCUGGACGGACGCUCCUGCUGGACCACUCUCAUCAGUGCCUUCAGAAUUCUGCUGGAGAACGACGACGAUCGGCUUCUGGUGGUGUUCAACAGAGGCCUCAUCCUCAUGACUGAAAUGUGAAGCAGGCUCUGAUCCAGUGGCAGGAAAGGAUCGACUUCGCUCACAAGCUGCUCACGCUCCUCAACUCCUACAGCCCCCCUGAACUGCGAAACGCCUGCCUCGAUGUUCUGAAGGAGCUCGUGCUGCUGAGUCCACACGACUUCCUGCACACGCUCGUCCCAUUCUUACAGCACAACCACUGCACUUACCACCACAGCAACAUCCCCAUGUCGUUUGGCCCCUACCUGCCCUGCAGAGAGAACAUCAAGCUGAUGGGGGCCAAAAACAACAUCCGACCCCCGAGACCAGAGCUCAACAUGUGUCUGCUGCCCUCUCUGGUGGAGAGCAGCAAGGGUAAAGAUGAAGUCUACGACCGGAUGCUGCUCGACUACUUCCUGCCCUACCAUCAGUUUAUUCACCUGCUGUGCCGCGUCGCCGUCAACUGCGAGAAGUUUACAGAAACUCUCAUCAAACUGAGUGUGCUCAUCGCAUACGAAGGACUUCCUCUUCACCUGCCACUUUUCCCCAAACUGUGGACGGAGCUCUGUCAGUCACCGUCUGUUCUGGCGAAGACGUGUGUGAAGCUGCUGUGUGAAGAUCCGGCCUUCAGUGAAUACAUCAAAUGCAUUUUAAUGGAUGAGAGGACGUUUCUCAACAACAACGUGGCCUACUCCUUCCUCACCUGCUUCCUGCACAAGGUCCAGGUUCUGUCUGGUCCCAGCUGCUCCAACCUGAUUGGGGUUUUGGUAACCAACCUGCUGACUGAGCAGAGCAACCUUCAGCCUGAGCUGGCCGGUCACCGAGUGGAGCUCAACAAGACCAGCAGCCUGCUCAACGCGGACCUGCGGGCGUUGGUGUUGCUGCUGUCCGUCCAGCCCCCUCAGGUCAUUGACCCCGCCCUCUGCCCAGCUCUGCAGGAUCUGCUGGGCCGAUGUUGCCUUUGUCUCCAGCAGCGCAGUGCUGUGGAACUGGAGUCCAAAGAUCACAAGUCCAAAGCUGAUGAUGAAGGGGUGACCCCCAUGAAGCGGCGGAGGGUGAACAGUGAGGACGACAAAGCCGGAGAGCCCCCCCUCUGCAUGGCCUCCUCCUCCACAGCUCUCCCCGAGUGCAGCGAGCUGAAACCCGACCACCAGGAGGCGCUAACGCCCACCAGUACCUCGGAUACAGAAACGCGGGACUCCUCCUCCCUGAUAGACCCGGGCACAGAACAGGACCCGCCUACUCCAGACCCCACCCCCACCACCUCUGAAAACUUGGACUCCUCCCUGAAGGAGGAGAAGAUGGAGGCCUCUUCCUCAUCGUCAUCCUCCUUUUCUUCCUCCUCCUCCUCCUCCCUGAUGCAGGAUGCAGGGGAGGGGUAUGCGCAGGGGGAAGAGCCUGAGCCACAGCAGCACGGGGGCGGCACCGUGAAGCAGGUGGAGGUGCAGCUGGAGGGGAGCAGGGCUGACGUGACGUCUGCCCCCUCAGAGGAGCUGAAGGAGGAGAAGGAGGUGGGGUCUAAAACCAGGAGCAGCUCCACUCCGCCCCUCUCAGAGGACACUACCUUCCCAUCAUCUCUCGGGUUAGUGGGGGAGGGGCCAGAUGGCUGUGGGAGUCAUGCCUCCCCCUCCCAGGUGGCCCCACCUGAUGUGCUGGACAUGCUGUACAUGACUGUGGAAGCCACCAUUGCCAUAGUAACCAAACUGUACGUUAAAGUCCCACCCUCCUCGUGAUAUCUUCGACCUAAAGCCGCC